GUUUUUGUUUCGUUUGCUUGCCUCUCAAAGCUCUUCCCACUUCCUCUGCUUUUUCAUUUCUCUCCAAUGGCUCCUCUCUCCGUACUACCUUUCUCUCUCACCUUCCUCUUCUUUCUCUCUCCUGCGCUCUCCACAAACUCCGAAGGAAAUGCUUUGCAUGCUCUGAGAAGCAGAUUCAACGAUGUCAACAACGUUCUGCAGAGCUGGGAUCCAACGCUGGUCAAUCCCUGCACCUGGUUCCACGUUACCUGUGACUCCAACAGCCAUGUCAUCAGAUUGGAUUUGGGCAACUCUAACAUUUCUGGGAGUUUGGGGCCAGAGCUUGGGCAGCUGAAGCACCUGCAGUACUUGGAACUUUAUAGAAAUGACAUAAGUGGUAAAAUCCCAGAGGAGUUGGGGAGCUUGAAAAGCCUUGUUAGCAUGGAUUUGUAUGACAACAGGUUUGAAGGAGAAAUCCCGAAAUCUUUCGCCAAUUUGAAGUCACUCAGAUUUCUGCGGCUUAACAACAACAAACUAACGGGAUCUAUCCCGAGGAAACUCGUUGGCCUCACUGACCUCAAAGUUUUUGAUGUUUCUAACAACGAUCUGUGCGGAACAAUUCCAGUUGAUGGUCCAUUUGGGGCUUUCCCAACGGAAAGUUUUGAAAACAACAGACUUAACGGCCCAGAGCUGAAAGGGCUGGUAUCCUACGACUUUGGGUGCUGAAGAAGAUGUGGAAUUCGCAGAUCAUCCGUUAAAGAGACAGUUAACAUUGUAUGAUAAAGAAGCAGCAUCGUAUCUCUAAUUAUGUUAUGUAUCUGAAAACAGUACACCCUUAAUGUAUGGAUAUGAAUGAAAACACAAUUGCAAGCAAAAAUAAAAUGAUUGUGAGAUUGGAACCA